GCACCGUGCAAGAGUUCGCAAGAGACAAGCGGAGAGAUAAAGACAUAUUAUACCUACAUAGAAGGGAAGAGAAGAAGGAGAGGAAAAAGGAGAAGAAGAAAAAUUCAACAAACAGUUGUAUAAGAAAAGAAACGUCGUUAUUAACAUCGUUGCGAAGAUAUAUCGAAGGAAAAAAAGAUUUAAGAAGCAAAGUUGUAAACGCCGAACGAUCUUCUCGACGUUAAACAAACCCUCGUUUCGUUAACGUCACUGCCUAUCGCCACCGCUACUGCUACUGCUACUUCUACUGUUACUCGUUAUUCGUAUCCGUGCCCACUUUUCGUGAUCGCAGUGCAGCAGAGAUUACAAACCUGCAAGUGUCGCAAUCGUCGUCAACCCCCUGAGUGAUUAUUAUUGUUUGCUUUUUCUUUCGUACAUUCGCCGAGUUCUUCGCAAGUGUAAUUACAUUCCCAUAUCGUGAAACAAUGAGUUCGCCAGUCAAGAGGAUGACCAUUUUUACAACCGUCGGUGCCGUUCUUCUGGUUCUCGCAUUGCUGGCUACAGACACCGAUGCUCGACCAUCGGGACCUCUCAGCAGGCAGAAACGAGUAUCCGAUCAGCGUCUGGCGGAACUUGAGACGUUAUUGGCACUGUCGAAAUUACGUGGGCGGCUGGUUACCGUACCCGUUGCAUUCGGCCAAGUAGACCCGACUAUAAUUGGCCGCAGGCGGCGAUCCAUGGAAAGUGGGCUUCAAAGACUUCAACGGCUUCUGCAAGAAGCUGAAGAACGAGACUCUCUGUCCGCUGGUCAAGAAAGUGACGAAUCUUUUCAAUCGUAUUUUAACAACCAUCAACAUCGACAAGGGGAGGAGACGGAGGAACAAUUAGUAUAAUUUGAAAAACUUACGGAGAUGUUUUAAGAAGUCAACCGAGAGGUUCUCAGCCCUCGUCCCUCUACAGUAUUAGCGGAAAAACUCUGCCGUCUGAUUUUUAGUUUAAUUUUUAUGCUUUAGUCUAAAUUUUUUUUUCUUCCUUUUUUUUAAGAUGAAUCAAACGAUUCGACUAUAUGUCUCGUGCGUUAAUCGUAACAAGAACUGCGCUACGAAAAUUUGAUAUUCCACUCUCUAUAUAUUAAAAAAAACAAAAGAAUUUAUAUCAAAGAUUCCGAGCGUAAUAUGGUCUGCACUGGCGAAUAGGUGCAGUGUACGGUGUGUGUAACUGAUGGUAUUUUCCGAAAGUAUUUCGUACAUGUCAUAAAUUUUAGUAAUUUAUUUAAUUUAUAUUUAAUAUGUAUGCUAAAUUUUUUUAUUUAUUCAAUUUACCUAAUUUAUUGACGUUAAGUAUAUAUUAUAAAUAUAAUAUAUUCUUACUUUUAAUUUUCUACCGUUUUCUAUUCCGUUUAUUUAAUUGAAAAAUUCAUGCUCAAAUGAAUGAUACGUCUGCAUGCCGAAUUAAAUCGUAUAUACGUAUGAUAUAUAUAAGAUAAAAUUUUGCAGCUCAAUUAUUAAAAAAUAACGAUGAAACUAUUGAAAAUCCAUUUGUUGAAUUAUUUCUACGAUAUUUAGUACUUCAGUAAAUUGCAACAGUCUUUGCUUCGAAAUAACAUACAUUCAAGACAGUAUCUAAUUUUAGUGAUUACUGUUAGAGUGAUUUAUAAGCUGUAGUAUUUUAAGAAUUUACGUAAGUCCAUAUGUGCUACAUAUUUGAAUAGAACGUUUCGGUAAAACCAUGAGAUUUUAUCACUUUUAAACUGACAGCAAAGAUCAAAUUAUGUAUUUAACGUUCCGUAAAGAGAGAUUUAUUUAUUAUCAUUUCACCAUUUGUAUCUCAAUUACAUGUGAUAUAUUUAAGAUGUUAUUGUUAACGGCUGCUUUGUCAUUUUAUUUAUUCAAAUUAUGCACGUGUUGUUGUCUACCGCAUUCGCCGGAAUGUGAAAAUAUAUUAAUUUCAUGUCCAUAGACAACCUGCUACUGUACGUGAGUGCGUACGCAAUAAAAUUAAUCCACAUAAUA